AUGGGGGUCAAGGAACAUUUCCACGCUGUGACCCGCAACUACAUCACCCACCCGAGGCUGACCUACCGGACGGUGUGUGGGGUGAACGGACCCCUGGUGGUCCUGGACAACGUGAAGUUCGCCCAGUAUGCAGAGAUCGUCAACUUCACCCUCCCAAACGGCACCCGUCGGAGCGGGCAGGUGCUGGAGGUGGCCGGCUCCAAAGCCAUUGUCCAGGUGUUUGAAGGGACCUCUGGCAUCGAUGCCCACAAGACGACUUGCGAGUUCACUGGGGACAUCCUCCGCACGCCGGUGUCCGAGGACAUGCUGGGCCGCGUCUUCAACGGUUCGGCCAAGCCCAUCGACAAAGGCCCCGUGGUGAUGGCGGAGGACUUCCUGGACAUUAACGGGCAGCCCAUCAAUCCUCAGGGGCGCAUUUACCCCGAGGAGAUGAUCCAGACGGGACUCUCCCCCAUCGACGUCAUGAACAGCAUCGCCAGAGGACAGAAGAUCCCCAUCUUCUCAGCUGCUGGCCUCCCCCACAACGAGAUCGCAGCUCAGAUCUGCAGGCAGGCCGGGCUGGUGAAGAAAUCGAAAGACGCCAUGGAUUACCACGAGGAUAACUUUGCCAUCGUCUUCGCCGCCAUGGGGGUGAACAUGGAAACGGCCCGGUUCUUCAAAUCGGACUUUGAGGAGAACGGGUCCAUGGAGAACGUCUGCCUGUUCCUCAACUUGGCCAACGACCCCACUAUUGAGCGGAUCAUCACGCCCCGUCUGGCUCUGACCACGGCCGAGUUCCUGGCCUAUCAGUGUGAGAAGCACGUUCUGGUGAUCCUGAUCUACCCGCCCAUCAACGUGCUGCCGUCUCUCUCCCGUCUGAUGAAGUCGGCCAUUGGGGAAGGCAUGACCCGGAAGGACCACGGGGACGUUUCGAAUCAAUUGUACGCCUGCUAUGCCAUUGGCAAAGACGUCCAGGCUAUGAAGGCCGUGGUGGGGGAAGAGGCCCUGUCAGCCGACGACCUUCUCUACUUGGAGUUCUUGCAGAAGUUUGAGAAGCAGUUCAUUGCUCAAGGGGCCUAUGAGAACCGGACCAUCUUCGAGUCCCUGGAUAUCGGCUGGCAGCUGCUGCGGAUCUUCCCCAAAGAGCUUCUGAAACGGAUCCCGGAAAGCAUCUUGGCCGAGUAUUACCCCCGCGAGGCUAAAGGCAAUUCCAGCUCCGACACGGCCCUCUGA